GCGAGUCAGGCUGCUGGGCUUGGGCAAAACCAGGACCGUCUCGCGCGCGCCCAGCAGAUUGUGCCCCCCGCGCGGCCAGUCGGGCCUGCCCGCGGCGCGAUGGAAAAUGACCCAAACAUGGCGCUCAUCUCCGCCAUGACCGAGCUGUGCGGCCAAAACGACGAGAUCCGCGGCGCCCCGCAGAUGAAGCAGCUCAUCUCGCUCCUGGCGUCGGACGAGACGGGCGGCGCGCUCGACGAGACGGGGCAGGACCUGGUCGCCACCUCGCUCAAGGCGACCGAGGACGCGGCGCUGCUCGACGCCUUUGUGCGCUCGGAGGCGGCGCUCAAGCGCCUCGUCAAGUGGCUCGAGGCGAGCAUGUCUGGCGAGCGGGCCGAUCAGACGCGCGUGCUGCUCUCGCUGUUUGCCCACCUGCCCAUGACGGUCGAGGCGCUCAUGGCGUCAAAGGCGGGGCACGUGGUCAACAACGCGCGCAAGGUGGAGAACGAGGCGGUCAAGAAGGCCGCGGUCGAGCUGGUCAAGGCCUGGAAGGCCAUGUCCAGCGGCAAGCCCGCCGCGCCAAAGCCGCCGCCCGUUGCCAAGCGGCCCGCGGCGCCAGCGCCCGCGCCCGACGCCAAACGCGUCCGGCCCGAGGCGGCCGAAGACGAGGACUUUGGGCUGGACUCGGCCCUGAGCGGCGCCGGCGCGCCCCGCAAGGCGUCGCUCAAGCCCGACCACCUCCGAGCGCGGAGGCCCGUGCAGCAGCUCCCCUCGACGCUCCCCUCGCGCAGCCGGCCGCCGCCCGCGCCAGCGCCGGACGCCGCCGCGCCCCGAGCCGAGCCCGCGGCCCCGCCGCCGCGUCCCGCGGCCGCGCCGGUUGCGGCGCCGCCCGCCGCCGCGCCGGCCCCUCCGCCGCCGCAGCCCGCCGCAGAGCCGCCCGCCAGCUCCGUGGUUGCGCGCAAGCCGCCCUCCUCCAAGCGCGUCUCCUGGAGGGGCACUGAGGAGCUCGUCGAGACGCGCGAGUACAUCGUCGAGGCGAAGAAGGCGGCGACCACCUCGUGGGGCGACCUGCUGCAGGCCGAGCGCGAGCGCGAGCGGCUCGCGAUGCAGCAGCGCCUGUCGGCGGACAACGACCCGUGGGCGAUUGGCGGCGGCGACGACGAGCCCGCGGAGGCCGCCCCGCAGACGCAGACCAGCGCGCCCGCGCCGUCGAGCGCGCCGCCGCCGCGCGCGUCCGCGUCCGCGCCCGCCGAGCCCCCGGCGGCGGCGGCGGCGGCGGCGGCGGCUCCAGCGUCGCAGCCCGAGCCGGUGCCGGCGCUGGUUGCGUGGCGCACGCCGCCCAUGCUCGAGGACACGUUCUGGCCAAAGGCCAAGGGCGACGACAGCAGCGAGCGCGACGCGCAGGCGGCGCGGCGCAAGUCGAGGCCCGAGGUGUCCUUCCGGCGCAUGCAGGACGUGGUGGGCAUGCCGGCGGAGCCGCCGCCCGAGUCCGCGCCGCCCCACGAGCCCGUCGAGAUCCCGUUCGAGAAGGCCGCCACGCCAGACCCGCCGCCCGCGGCCGCUCCGGCGCCGCUGCUCACGCCGGCGCCGCACCCGCCCGCCGGUGUGGGCGGCGGCGCGCCGGGGGGGGUCGGGGGCGUCAACAUCGUCGGCGCGGGCGCGCAGGCGAUGCUCCUGCAGCAGCAGCAGCAGCUACAGCAGCAGCGCCAGCAGCAGCAGGCCGCGGCUGCGAUGCAGCCGUUUGGCGGUGUCGGGUUUGGCAUGAUGAGUGGGCCACAAAACGGGUUUGGCGGAGGCGGAGGCGGAAGAGGCGGAGGUGGAGGUGGCGGAGGCGGGCUAACUGAGAGGCUCAUGGGUAGCUUCAUGCAGCAGCAGCAGGCGAGCGCCCCCGUCCCCGCCGGCCGCGGUCUCGGCUUCCCGCAGGGCGCCGGCGGCCCUGGCGGGUCGCGGUAUCGGACACGGCCGUGUCGCUACUUUGCUAACGGAGGCUGCAAAAACGGCGACCAGUGCACUUUCCUCCACGACCCCUCUAACCUCGGUACGCCGGCAGACUGGGGCGCGCCGUUCCGGCCCCCCUUUAUGUCGGGCAAGGGGUUCCGGUAGCCCCUCUAACUGGUUAAACCCAGAAACACCCACGAACGACGAAGCACGAUGUCUGCAUGCGCGGGUUCGUGCGGCGGGGAGACGCCAGACGGCGGCAGUCGGCACCCCCAGAGGCAGAGCGAGGGCCCAGAGCGCAGCGAGAGGCGAGCCCGGAGCCGGAGUCGUCUCGUGGCGACGGUGGCGGAGUCCGGAGAGAUCUCCGCACCCUCUUGGUCUUGCUCUUUCUCUUCUCACUUUGACUGAGAUCUCCACACCACCGCUCCCCCCGCGUGUGCGCCGUGGCUCUCGCUGGAGACUCUGCCCUCUGCGCGAGGCGCCGAGGCCGCCCGAGGGCUCGAGGCGCGAGGGCCGAGGGGGGCGACGAGGGGCGCGGCCCGGGGCGGCAGCGGGGGGUGCGAGGGACAUGGGCGGGGCCGCGGGCGAAGAUGGGUGACCCCGGUGGAGGGCGAGUGACGGGUGUUGAGCGGCUCUCUUUAAAAAUAACUUAAAUU